AUGCAUAUCUCUUCUCCAUUCCAUAGGGAGACCAGCUGGGCUGUCCUUGGAUAAGGGGCCCACCUGCACUUCAUUAAAGAUCAGGACUUGCUCCUUCCACACCAGAGGCUCAACCACGAUGACAUAACUCCAUUCAGAGGACGGCCUGACUGGGCUGGUGUUCCCCACCACACACACACACACACACACACACACACACACAGCUCUUGUAUCACCAAGAAUCUGGCAGUCAGUUCUGUACUGACACAGUUCACGGCGUGUAUUGGGUGAUCCUGAUCCUUAUUGCGCCUGGUCUGGGAAUUGAAGACAGCAGCUUCAAGGCAGUAAGGGUCCAGAAUACUUCAGGAAGAUGUAUCUAAAUUCAUUCCUUCUCAUCGUGGCAUUGAUCAGUGGAAUCAACUGUUAUGAUUACUAUGACUUUGAUUAUCCUUUUGCCAUGUACCAGAUGUCUUCACCAAACUGUGCCCCAGAGUGUAACUGUCCAAUAAAUUACCCAAGCGCUAUGUAUUGUGAUGAGCUGAAACUAAAAACCAUGCCCAUCAUACCUCCUGGGAUCAAGUAUCUUUAUCUCCGGAACAACAUGAUUGAGUCCAUUGAAGAAAAGGCAUUUGAGAAUGUGACUGAUCUACAGUGGCUCAUCCUUGAUAACAACCGCUUGGAAAACUCCAAGAUCAAGGGGAAAAUCUUCUCAAAGUUGAAACAGCUCAAGAAACUACAUAUCAAUCACAACAACUUGACUGAAGUGGUGGGGCCUCUUCCCAAAUCUCUCGAUGACCUGCAACUAGCCUAUAACAAAAUCACUAAGAUCACACCUGGGUACUUUGAGGGUCUCAUCAACCUGACCUUUGUCAACCUACAGCACAACCAACUGAAAGAGGAUGCAGUCUCAGCAGCUUUUAAAGGCUUGAAGAAACUUGAAUAUCUUGACUUGAGCUUCAAUCAGCUGUCCAAGCUGCCCACUGGACUUCCUAUUUCUCUGCUGACACUCUACUUGGACAACAAUAAAAUCAGCAACAUACCUGAUGAGUAUUUCAAGCGGUUCAGUGCCCUGCAGUACCUACGGUUGUCUCAUAAUGAGUUGGCUGAUGGUGGAAUCCCCGGCAAUUCUUUUAAUGUCUCUACUCUCAUUGAGUUGGAUCUCUCCUAUAACAAACUGAAGAAAAUCCCAACUGUCAAUGAAAACCUUGAAAAUUAUUAUCUCGAGGUCAAUGAGAUUGAUAAAUUUGAAGUGAAGAGUUUUUGCAGGAUUUUGGGUCCUUUCUCCUACUCCAAAGUAAAACAUCUACGACUGGAUGGCAACCUCAUCAAUCGAGCUAAACUGCCAUCAGAAAUAUAUGAUUGUCUUCGGGUAGCCAACGACAUCACGCUGGAAUGAGAUCUUGGCCAAUCCCAGAAUUCCUUAGAAAGUGUUCAUACUAGAGAUGUCUAAGAAUAACACUUUUCAGUUAGGAUUUCCAAACAGUCUCUAUUUCUUUACUAGCAAAUUUACUGAUGUUUACUAUUAAAAUGUUAAUAUCUGUGGGAAAAUGUUUUGUAAACAUUAUAACUGACUUUUUUUUUAAAGAAAUAUGAUGAAAGGCAGGCCUGCUUCAUCACAAACACACACAUACAUAUAGCACUGAGUGCUUUUUGUGAAUUUUGUUAACUUUACAAGUCUCCCAAAUAUCAUGUAAUGUCACCCUUUUCAAGUGACAAGGAAACCAGGUGCAUUUUGGGAUAUCCAAAUAUUAACUCAAAAGGCCCAAAGCUUUAACUGUUGAGUCAAAGUAAAUCCCUUUCACUAACCUCAAUUCAUUUUUCUUCUGCAUAUUAAAGCAUCAAAAAUGAUACUUGUUAAUUCAAAUUAAAGUUUCCACUAGCAAAUGCUCAUUUUGAAACCUAUUAAAAAAAUCUAAAAUCUUGAGACCAACAUGAAUGGAUGGAAGUAUUUUCAUUAAAAAAAAAAAAUUACAUGUGCACUUACGUAGUGAGAUUUUUCUCAGUUAGAAUGAUUAUUUCACUGUAAGUCAUUUAUACAUGUUUCUCUUCAAUUAUUUGCAUGCUAAGCUUACUCCUCUAAUUAAAAAUAAAACAUAGCAAAAAUAUUA